AUGAAAUUCUCGGAUGCUGUUCGGCUUUCUGAGGGCAGUGAUGGGAAAACACUCAGUAUAGAUCCCAGGAUUGCUGAGGAAACGCUUUUGGACAUCUGCAGCAAUCUGAUUGUCAAGGAUUCAAAGCGGGGUGAGUGGAAGUUCCCCCAUGCUUCGGUAAUUGAGUAUUUUGAAGAAGUACAUCAAUGGAAUUUUGAACGAGCGCAUUCAUUCGUUGCUAAAUCCUGUCUGAUAUAUCUUCUGAGUGAUGAUACUACCAAAUGGAUAUCAGAAGUGACCAGUGAGCACGAUGAUGAACUAUCCGACGAUUCUCGCAAAAAUCAGUCUCAUAAACAUCACAACCAUGGGGGAAAUAUAAGAAAAUACGUGUUGAGCAACUGGUUCAAGCAUAUUUCAAAACUUGAGAAGCUGGAACUACAUGAAGCCGAGGUAUCAAAGCUGCUGAGACGAUUUCUGGGAAUCGACAAGCCUCUUCAACAGAGUAACCAAAAAUACCGAUCUUGGGUCAAAUAUAUGAACUCAAAGACCAAUGGCCAUCUUGAUUUAUUUUACCCAAUUGAAAACCCCGCCUUCGGCAUCUGUGGCUUGGGCUUUUAUCAUCUCCUGGGAGACUACUGGGUAUCUGGUAUAGACAUAUUGUCUACCAAUGAGAGAAAAAUGGAUUUGCUUUCAAUCGCCGCAUAUCAUUGUCAUCUGAAUAUCUGUGAGAAACUCAUAGAACUCGGAUCAGAUGUGAACAGGCAGCUCGAUACCUAUCCAAACGACUCUAGUGCAUUAACCAAUGCAGUGGGUGGAGGACAUAACGACAUAGUGAGAUUUCUCAUCAGCCAAGGAGCAGAUCCAAAUCUUCCUCGAAAUGGCCCUUCCGCUCUAUGCGCUAGUAUAAGCUACGGUAUGAGUGAAAUUCUGUUAGGUGCCAAUGCCGAUCCUAACUGUCCAUGCGGAUCACUAUGCAGGUAUGCCUACGCCUUGGAAAAGGCGGCGCGUAAAGGAUACAUCGUGACUGGGAAGCUCCUACUCAAAAAUGGCGCAGACGCGAUGCUCCUAAGUGAGACCGGAAGCUAUGGCAGCGCCCUGGCGGCAGCAGCACGUGGAGGCCACAAAGACUUUUGUCAGUUGCUGCUCGACCAUGGAGCUGAUGCGAAUGCCCUUCUGAAAUGUGGCAGGUAUGGCAGUGCCUUGGCGGCGGCAGCAACCCGAGGGACUAGUGGCGAUAUCUGCAAACUCUUGGUUGACCAUGGGGCAGAUGUUAAUGCUGCUCUUGAGUGUGGGAGGUAUGGCAGCGCCCUUGCAGCGGCGGUACGUCAAGGUAACAAAGGCAUAUGCCAGUACUUGAUUCAACAUGAAGCAAACGUCAACAUGUCGCUAAGGUUUGGCAAAUACGGUAAUGCCCUGGCCGCAGCAGCACGUGGAGGUUACACAAGAAUUUGCAAGUAUUUGAUUGACCAUGGGGCAGACGUGAAUAUGCCACUGAAACACGGCAGAUACGGCAGCGCCCUGGCAGCCGCUCUUGCUUCUGACUCAGGUGAUGCUAUGCAAUUAAUACGAUACUUGAUUGAAGAAGUCCUUGCAGAUGCAAAUAUUCUUUCAAUAAGUCCGCCUCCAAGACUAACAUAUCAUCCGGCACCUUGGAGAACGAGGGGGCAUGAAAUAUCACAAUAUCUUCUUGGUUAUGUUGGACAGGACGUCUUGUUGGAAAUCGGCUUGCAAGGGCAGCAAAUUUGGGCAGAGAAUGGACCUAUGUCAAUAGAGUCUUGCUCUACUCGAACUCCUUCCCGCUAUUCUGAUAGCUACUCGUCUUACACUGACUAUUCCUCGUCAUUUUCUGACUCUGACUCUGAAUGA